AUGGACAAACGCCACGACAAUCCUCAGGUUCACGCCAUUGUUCGUGUAUAUAUUCACCAUCCCAAACUUGGUCCCUCACUCAUAUGCUUCAUUAUGGCCAAACAAAAGCGCCAUCGUCGUAGAAAUGGCGGUGGUCGUCGCGAUCAUGUCUCUCGACGAGCUCAUUCCUCUUGCAGAGACGGAGAUAGAGAUUCACAGCGCCCUCCGCCCAAGGACUUCACUUAUCGCGCCCCUCAAGAAUUCCAUCACCCCAUCUUACCUCCUCACUUUCACCCAAUUCGACACCGGCCAAUGCAAUACCAUCUUCAUCAACUCCGACCUGGGAGCAUUCCAGAAGCUCCGGACGAAGGCAUCAACCAAGUUUCCACUGGAGAAGCUGCUGUCGCUGCUGAACCAGGACGGCAACAAGGCGUGGGCCCAAAUUAUCAUAUCCUAUUCCAAGGCAUUACGAAAGAGGAACGUCUCUACCGUCUGAACCACUUGAGCUAUGUGGUCGUCCUGCUCGGUGUCGUGCUUAUGUGGAUGCUCGUUCGAUAUUUCUUCCCCUCAGUCAACGGAACCGAUCAAUACUGA